AGCGUUUGGUGACCGAACUGAAUCGAUUGAGAUCGUGCUGUGAACAGCUGCAACGAUGUGCUCCGCCUGCCAGUGGAUUAAAUGAGGAGCUCACUACCGUGGAGCCAGAUGCCAGCGGAAUGAUGUACACCCCUGCCAUGCAGUCUCAAAUGCUCACUCUGCGGGAAGAACUCACGAGGCUGCGUACUUCACUGUCUAGUUUGGAAAUUGCUGCCAGUACUUCCGUUGCUGAUGAAGAUCAUCACUCGCUCAAUGAAAACGAUGGUAGUAGUCGAGUGAUGCAAACUUCCGAUUUCCCUGACAAUUCAAGCAACGUGAUGGAUAAUCACGAACACGAAACCAGCGACGGCACGUCCUCGCCAGUCCACAUGUCAGCUACGAAAUCUGAAGACUUUGAUGGGCAUUUGGUAGCCUCGCUUCGAGACCAGCUGAAUGAGAAAGACCGUGCGUAUGAAAGUAUGGAACAACAGUACCGGGGCUAUCUGUGGAAAGCCCGCGGUUUGAUUCGUUCGCUUCAGCGUCAGAUACGGAAACAGGACGAGAAUAUUGGGGUGCCUAAUGAGGAAUCUAAUGAUGUGGCCCGAUUGCGAGCGCUGCUUGUCGAGAAGGAGCGCAUUAUUGAGAACCUCGAACGUCAUCUCGAGCAGACUCGUCUUCGACGCGAUGCAGAGGAGCGAAUCCUGCUUGCGGCCUGGUACAAUCGUGGAGUUCGUCAGACACGCGAGUUGGUUGAACAAAGAAUCCGUGAUCAACAGACACAGCCAGGACCGCCGGGAACUCACCCCAAAACAGCAGCAGAUGACGCCACCACAGGAGCUGAAGAAAUGUCGUUUUUGGAGAGACAACGAGAAAUGCAUCUGAAACCUCCCCGGGGCCUCACUUCCGUAGUAGUGGCUUCAAAGUAGGCCGAAGACCAUUCAUCUACUCCCGUGGCUGUGAUUUGAUGGUCACUUUUUCUCCGCAUUUACUUCUCUCCCAACUUGUGUUCCUGACGACCUUGUUGUUUUUAUCUCCAGUCCCUCCCCCCCACCACCAUUCAGCUUUUCCAUAUCCUCACACAACACAAUUGCAGUGUUUAUGAUCAAUCAGUCUUCAUCAACCCCGAAUACUUCUCUUGUUUCUUUCAACUCUUUCCAAUCAUGUUUACCCUCGAGGCUUGAUCGUGUCCCUUGAUUUCCAUUCGAACCAGUAAAUACCGACCCC